AUGUCCUCAGUCUGGGCAUGUCCUCAGUUUGGGCAUAGAGGCUGCGGACUGAGCCUCUACAGCAUCUACGCCGUCUGCAGCAUCUACGCCGUCUGCAGCAUCUACGCCGUCUGCAGCAUCUACGCCGUCUGCAGCAUCUACGCCGUCUGCAGCAUCUACGCCGUCUGCAGCAUCUACGACGUCCUCUACGACGUGUGCAGCAUCUACGGCGUGUGCAGCAUCUACGACGUGUGCAGCAUCUACGGCGUGUGCAGCAUCUACGGCAUGUGCAGCCUCUACGACGUGUGCAGCCUCUACGGCGUGUGCAGCCUCUACAGCGUGUGCAGCCUCUACAGACAUGUGCAGCAUCUAGGCAAUACUGCAGAGUCUAGGCCAUCUGCAGCAUCUACGGCAUCUCCUGUCUGA